AUGAUAGAGCUGUCUGUCUACAAAAGUCAGAAACAAAGGACCCCCAUCUGGUCCAAUCCCUUAUGUACAGAAAAAAACAAAAGAGCCGGGACCCACCCAUUCAACACACUUCCUCGGGCAGACAAAGAGAUCCCCAAAUCAAGACUUAGGCGCCCCUUCACCACCGUGACUCCAGCAGCACGCCUAAAGCUGGUCGCCAUCGGUCCCAAUGAAGCACACCUAGAAGCAGCUGCCUACCUUCAGCACAGGUGGCGAAGAAUCUACAGCUCCGACGAACCUGCGCAUACCGGGCCACUUGUUUCCUGCCUACGCCGAGUUCAGAACCAGCGAUGCACCAUCAUUUACCAUUGCAAACCCCGACGGUGGAAGCACCGCUGCCAUCUCCGGCCAUCCCAGUCACCACCUGUUGCUCCAAUCGGAUUCGAUAAGCGGUGGCCUUCUAGCGGCACCGCAAAUCAAGGUUGCCGGCAAAGCCCAUCGCCACCUGUUACUUCCCACCAUCAUCGACUAGUAGAUCGACGAACAACCGACAGUCGCUCUAGCUCCGACAUCGACCACGACCCCCAUUUCCCCACUUCAUCGCUGGGAAUCAGACCCACAUCGUCGAUCGCCUCCAGCCGACGAACUCGAUGA